ACGAAUUUUAAUGAAAGAAUCAUUAUUAUUAUAAAAUCAUUUCCUAAACCGAAGUGUAUCCAUCCAUCUUGGUCUGUGCGCAAUAGUAUCUUUGUCUCUCUGUCUGUUGGCUUCAAAAGAUAUAGCGAGUGAAUAAGAUACCACCCAGAUAGCAUGAUGGCGGUCGCAAGCAGCGGCGGUAGCAUUUGGCCUCUUAAUCUUUUCUUCUCUUCGUCAAAGAUAAAACCUUUUCUUACUAAAGCCUCAGUACAUAAUUACAGUAAACGAUUUUCUUCUCAUGUCCGCUGCAAGAAUUCCUACAAAAACUCCGUCGCUGUAUAUCCCGGUACUGUUGCUGACAGAGUCCUGAUGGACAUUCAAAAUUCCGGCAUAAUUGCUUGCCUUCGCGCCCAGAGUGCAGAGAUGGCAAUUGAAGCUGCACAAGCAGCACUUAGCGGUGGAAUCUCAGUUUUGGAAAUCACAAUGUCCACGCCAGGUGUUUUUGAGGCUUUGCAGUUUUUGGUCCAUGAAUAUCCUUCAGCAUCAUUAGGAGUUGGAACUGUUUUAGAUAGAGAAGAUGCCAAAGAUGCAUUAAAAUGUGGAGCUAAGUUCCUGAUGAGUCCUGCAAUGGUGAAGGAGAUUCUAGAUGAUGUUGCAGAGGGUCAGGCUCUUUAUAUACCUGGAGCAAUGACCCCAACAGAGAUAUUACUUGCAUCCACGGCUGGUGCCAAAAUCGUCAAGGUGUAUCCUGUCUCUGCAUUAGGUGGCGUUCAGUAUAUAGCAGCAGUAAAGAAGCCAUUUCCCAAUAUCAAGAUGAUUGCAUCACAAGGCAUAACCAUAGGAAAAUUAGGGAUAAUAUGUCCUAGACUUUCUAUGGUUGAUAUGCCUCUGUUGGUUCCCUGUGACAGUAGACUGAAAGCUUCCCAUUGGCACAGAUGACGCAGAUGCAAGAAAACAAAAUAGGAGCUGCAAUUUGUUUUGACUUGAGUUCCCUCGUACAUCCGGAGGUGUAUAUAUAUACCUACCUAAAAGUGGUUAGUUGAAAUGGCACCAUGGGUUACACAUUCUCUCCCUUCUAUUUUUUUGCGCAGCAGAGGUUUGAAGAAGAUGAUAUCAAAAUUAUCUCUUGGAGAUUUUCACUUUCCUUGCUGGAGACACUAACCCUAGGUUGGAGUCUCACAAGAAGAGAGCAGAGCACAGAAAGAGCUGAACAAUAACCAAUCGAUGAAAUGAGGAGAUUGGAGACACCAAAGGAUACCCCGAGAUCUUGCAAACUUUAUCAUUCGAAGCAUACAUUUGAAACUGUUAAGCCCAGAAAUGGAUAUCUGGACAUAUGCAUGUAAUGAAUGUACCUACGAGCCUCGGACUAUAUCAGUCUCAGUUUGAAUAUAUUACUUCGACAUAAAUAACUAAUCCAACAUUUGCUAUGACGUACGUUUUCCAUUUCUGAUAGUGUGUGUGUGUGUGUAUAAGAGAAAAAGAGACCGAGAGAGAGC